AUGCCGGCCUGGACCUACUUGAUGGACGUUUGUAUCGUAGGCUGCGAGCAGAAGAAAAUUCCAUCUCUUCGUGCCGUUAUUAGAGCUGUAGCCAUGCAGCCGAUACGGGCAAACCUGGGACGAGUGAGCGCUUCCUUCGAGAAGACACCGAGAUCGUCCCUGGCCGCUGCAGAAGAAGAAAAUGAGGGCAAGCCUGAAACCGUGCAGAAGGCUGGCUUUAUCAAAGGCCCAGUGUUCAAAGGCGUUGCUUCGAGUCGCUUUUUGCCCAAAGGCACCAAAACAAAGGUUAACCUUGAGGAGCAAGGAAGACAAAAGGUGUCUUUCAGCUUUAGUUUAACCAAGAAAACCUUACCGAAUAGAUUUCUGACUGGUCUCGGAAACGAGAAACAAAAUGAAACUCAGAACUCCCCAGCAGUCCCCCUUCAGACUGACUUUAACCCCAAAAGCAAAAUGGACCUGGGGGAUGCCGCUGGUUCAGCUGAGGAGUCUUCACCUCCAAAACCGAAGGUAGAAUUAGGGAAGAUCCAUUUUAAAAAACAUUUACUUAAUGUCACAGCAAAACCGCCACCAGCUACAGCAGCAACACUACCGCCACCGCCGCCGGCUGUGGCACCGGUAACGGAACCAGUGACAUUGGCCGCGGACUUUCCCUCAACGCCACCGCCUCCCCCGCCUCCCCCUCCGCUGACGGUGUCGCCAGCAGCAUCGAUGCCGGUUCCUGCAGCGGCAGCCUUGCCACAACUGCCGGUAACGCUGAUGUCGACGCUGUUGCUGUUGCCGCCCGUGGAAGCCGAAGUCCCCGCUUCGAAGGAGCCGUGCCACGCGGUACCUAAGGAGGCUUUGGAACCGGACGUCAAGCAGGAUGCGGUAUCGCGCGGUUCGGAAGAACGUGUAGCUCAAAACACGCCCGAGCAGACGGAAAUAACUCCACAGAAGGAAGAUUCCCAUAUUGGGAAAGAGGAUGAGGUUUCCGACAGCUCGAAGGGUGCUCCCCUCUGCUCCCGGAGGCAGGGGUCGAAGAGGAAGUUCUCCCAGUCCGACGGCACGCUGCUGGGCUCCGAGUCCGAUGAAGAUUCGGUGAGGACCUCCUCCAGCCAGCGGUCACACGAGCUGAAGAUAUCCAGUACGGAAAAGGAGAGAGAUCCCAGAAGAAGCUCCGCGUCCCUCAGAGGUGACGACCUGGGGAAGUCCUCCUCGCGCUCCAGGUCGGACAGGGAUGAGAAGUACUCGAGCUAUUCAAAAUCGGAAAGAGAUUCGCGGUAUGCGUCCUCUCGCUCUCGGUCAGACAGAGACAGAAGGCGAAGCCGGUCUCAUUCCCGUUCCCGAUCCGAUCGGGGCUCCCGAACCAGCUCUUCCUACUCGAGGUCGGAGCGUUCGCAUUACUACGAAUCCGACCGCAGAUACCAUCGGAGCUCCCCGUACAGGGAAAGGUCGAGAUAUUCCCGCUCGUAUGCAGACAACAGGGCGCGAGAGAGCUCGGACUCGGAGGACGAGUACAGGAGGACACAUUCCAGAUCGAGCGACUCGAGGCGUACGUCAUCCCACUCCUCCUCCUACAGAGACUCGAGGACUUCUUACUCUAAGUCGGACAGGGACAGCAAAGUAGAGUCGUCUCACGCCGACGUGGAGAGGAGAGGAAGGUCUUCUUCGAAAGCAGAUAGAGAUUCAAAAAGGACUUCAGAAAGUGAAGUAACCAAAAGGUGCUCUCCCCUUGAUGAGCUAGGCUAUCGAAAGGGGACAUCCCAUUCUAAGCCCGACAGUAAUGUGAAUUCCUCCCGUUAUAAGUCCACCCCUUCAAAGACCCCCGCACCAAAGCCUGAUAAAUUUAAGAGUUCUUUCUGUUGUACAGAAUCGAUCGAAGAAAUAAAACAGCAGUCUAAUUCUCUAGAUUUAGAGACCUCUUGUCUAAAAAGCAAUGAGAUCAGGGUGUCCAUUGCGAAAAAAUUUGAAAGGGAAAAGACACUUUCUCCAUUAAAACAGUUAAACGAUUCGCCUGCUUUUAAAAGGGCAGACGAAUCGAAAGUGGGUUUUGCUAACUCAAAGUCCGAGGAACUUACAGGAAGUGAAUGCCACGACAGUGUUAAGGAGCAAGAAACUUUAUUAAAGAUAAAGCACGAUCAAUUAAGAACGUGUUUCCCCAUGGAGUUGAGUGUAAAUGGGUCCCCGGAGGGUAGGGCUGAUGGUUUGGCAACUUCCAGUGCCUCCAAAACAGAGGAUGUCGCCGCGUCUUCUGACGAUAGCCUGUGUCGGUCAGAAGCGUUGCCUGUCGUGAAGACGAGUCCGUCGUAUCCGUUGCCAUCUAAUGGGUUUGAGAGCACAUAUGCGUCUCGAGAGCAAGAGCCGGACGAUUCUCGGGUCCAGUCCAGUGAGUGCAACAGUCUGUUUAGGCAAGCGGAGGCUCCAGUCCCGCAGCAGCAAGGGGAAGCCAUCCCUUUGCCCGUCGUGAAUGUAGAUCACACUAAAACUGUACUUAAGAAGGUGGAUGAUCAGGCGACUCUAUGUGACAAAACCAAAGAACCAGUUUUUUGCUACAUUUCAGACGAUGCCACCCCUGCUUUGUAUCAUUCGGAAGUUGAAAUUGAAGCAGAACCAGCAGAUUUAAAAGUUACGUCCGAGACUUUCCUGGACAUGCAGGUAGAGCCGCAGACCGUCACGUGCGAUUAUGAGAGCACGGAGGAUCACCACUCAAAGUCUGCCUGUGACGAUGAGCACGGUCAUCCUUCCCAUAAAAUUAGCCUGGCAGUGGAGAGCUCGAGCACAGAUCCCUCCCAGGAUGGCUGUUCCCCAAGGCUCAGGUCGGACCAUCCCGUGCCGGAGGAAAGCGUCUCUUCCAAAUGGGACGUGCCACCGCCGGAUGGACGCCAGGAGCUGCUGCAGCAUUUGGAAGCCGAAGAGGUGCUCGAGUUGUAUACUCAGCACGUUGAUCUUGGUUCGGCAAAAGGCAAGCCAUCGGUCAAAGAUGAACAUUCGUACUAUUCGGAAGUGCCGCUGGAGCACCGCGGCAGAGAGGUCGUGGAAGAAAGUGCUGUUUCCACCGAGGGAGUUGGGCCAGAUGAUUUGAGAGUUCGGUGUCCCAGCAUAUUGGCCGAGAAGGACGAGGGAAACGAGCCCUUGGUGGCUUCGGCUUUUCCAGAUGCCUUGUUUCCCUCUUGCGAUGUCAUUGUCACUGCAGAAGAAAUGGAGACGGUAACUCAAGCCCCAACGUGUGACAGCAGCGGCAACGCUGCUGAAUUUGUUCCCACUGGCCACGACGAUUACUCUGACACGGGGGAGAGCGACAGCGAGGGGGGCAGUGAAGACAGUGACACGGAGGACUCGGAUUCUGAUGACGGCGCGCCACGGAAACGGCUCCAGUCUGUUGUGGUCGUACCAAAGAACUCGACCAUCGCGAUGGAGGAGAGCAGCCCUGGCUCCUCGCGGAGCAGCCAGGGCAACAGACGCUUCUCCGACCACUGGGAUGACGAGCGACCGGAGCCCAGUAGACCCUACUAUGAAGAGAGAUCGGAGAAUAUGGCGAGUAAAGGUGGUCCACAAGUAGAGAGCAGAUGUUCUCCUAGAGGGAUGGAGAAGAGUCCGGCAACUUCUACCGAGCUCAGCAGGAAGGAGAUGGAGGAGCUGCGGCCGGAUCCGUGCCAGCCUCAGAGCGACGGUGUUGACAGUACGAGCCAGGCAGACCUGACGGCAGACUCCCACGGCAAACCCAACCCGGACGAGAGAAUAAUGUUGAAGGAGCUGAUGUCCGUUGGUAGACCGAUCGGCCGACAAGACGAGCAGCAAUUUUGUCUGCCGGAGAGUUUCGAAAGUGCCGAUAAAUCCCGACACCAGACGAGCUCUUCCAAGCCAGACAGUAGGCAAGGGAAGGGUGGGCUUAACCAGUCUGGCCUCGGAGACUUCUCCAGGCUGGAUGGUUUUCAUACGACGGAGGAUCUGGGUGGUUUGGGCUGGGACUUUUCCCAGCCGGAGAAGCCCAGUAGCACCUACCAGCAGCCAGAUAGCAGCUUCGGGGUCUACUCAGGCUACGUUUACCAGCCGGGCUCAGGAGCGUACGGUGCCUCUCAGAGUUACUGGCAAGGCAACAGUUACUGGGAUGCGAGGUCCGCUAGCAGACCUUCUGCAGUUAAUUACGAACGAAUUCAAGGGCAAGUACCGGAUUCUCUAACGGAGGAUCAUGAGGAGUAUGAAGAGGAUGACCGUUGGGAUGAUGACUGCAAGCCUCGUUUUCCCAGCCCCUCAAGUAAAUGCCAGGUGCCCGGGCAGAAAGAAAAAGGCUCAGUGCAGGCACACGAGAUCAGCAGCAAUUCGACCAAGGAGCCGGUGCCUGGUGGGGAGAAGAAGGAGGAGGUGAAGGUUUUGGAAAAAAACGAUGCGAAAGAACGAGGUCCACCAAAAAAAAGACGCCCGGAGUUGGAGAGCGACUCUGAGAGCGACGUGGACUUGAGGGAGAAGAAGAAGGUGAAACCGGAGGGAGAGCAAGUGGAGUCGGCGCCGCAGGACUCCUCCAUGGUCGGUCGGUUGUGUAUCAUGGACGACUUCAGAGACCCCCAGCGCUGGAAGGAGUUUGCCAAGCAAGGAAAGAUGCCCUGUUACUUUGACCUUAUUGAGGAGAAUGUGUACUUGACAGAAAGGAAGAAGAACAAAUCUCACCGGGAUAUUAAGCGAAUGCUGUGUGAAUGCCCUCCUCUCUCCAAAGAAGAGCGAGCUCAGGGGGAGGUUGCUUGUGGAGAAGACUGUCUCAAUCGCCUGCUCAUGAUAGAGUGUUCUUCCAGGUGCCCAAACGGCGACUACUGCUCCAACAGGCGCUUCCAGAAGAAACAACAUGCAGAUGUUGAAGUGAUCCUCACUGAGAAGAAAGGCUGGGGGCUGAGAGCUGCCAAAGAUCUGCCAUCCAACACUUUUGUCUUGGAGUACUGCGGAGAAGUGCUGGAUCACAAAGAGUUCAAGGCUCGUGUGAAGGAAUAUGCUCGGAACAAGAACAUUCACUAUUAUUUCAUGGCCCUGAAGAAUGACGAGAUAAUCGAUGCUACCCAGAAAGGAAACUGCUCUCGUUUUAUGAACCACAGCUGUGAACCAAACUGCGAGACACAAAAGUGGACUGUGAACGGGCAGCUCAGAGUUGGAUUUUUCACCACCAAACUAGUCCCGUCGGGCUCAGAGCUGACGUUUGAUUACCAGUUCCAGAGAUACGGCAAAGAGGCUCAGAAAUGUUUCUGCGGCUCGGCCAACUGCCGGGGUUACCUGGGAGGAGAGAACAGGGUCAGCAUCCGAGCCGCCGGAGGCAAAAUGAAAAAGGAGCGCUCCCGUAAGAAGGACUCGGUGGACGGGGAGCUGGAAGCGCUGCUGGAGAACGGGGAGGGUCUCUCCGAUAAGAACCAAGUUCUCAGCUUAUCCCGGCUGAUGGUUCGGAUUGAAACUCUGGAGCAGAAGCUCACCUGCCUCAAACUCAUACAGAACACGCACUCGCAGUCCUGCCUGAAGUCCUUCCUGGAGUGUCACGGCUUAUCUCUCCUCUGGAUUUGGAUGACGGAGCUGGGCGAUGGGAGAGGAAGCACCGCUAACAACCUGAAGUUGCAGCUGGAGAUUAUGAAGACACUAGAGCUCCUGCCUAUACCUACCAAGAACAUGCUGGAGGAGAGCAAAGUGCUUCCCAUUAUUCAGCGCUGGGCUCAGACCAAGACUGCUGUCCCGCAGCUCAGCGAAGGGGAUGGCUACUCGAGCGAGAACACCUCACGGGCUCACACGCCGCUCAACACGCCAGAUCUUUCCACCAAGCAGAGCGCGGAAGGUGACACGGACACCCCUAAGAAGCUGGUGUUUCGAAGGCUGAAAAUUAUAAGUGAAAACAGCAUGGACAGUGCCAUCUCGGAUACAACCAGUGAGCUGGAAGGGAAGGAGGGCAAAGAGGACCUGGACCAGCUGGAGGGUGCCCCGAUGGAGGUGUCGGAGGAGCAGCAGCAGCAGCAGGAGAUCAAAGCUGCCGUUGAUGUGCCGGUGGAGAGCAGCAAACCCCAAGCUGCGGAGCUGGAGGCUGAGCCUGAAGCAGAGGUCAAAGACAGCAACGGUGCGAAGCUGGAAGAGCCCAUUACGAUGGAAACGCCAUCUCAAGACGAAGAGGAAGGCGUAUCCGAUGUUGAGAGCGAGAGAAGCCAAGAACAAACAGACAAAAUUGUGGAUGUGAGCGAUUUGGCUACCAGGCUGCUCGACAGCUGGAAGGAGCUCAAGGAGGUGUACCGGAUCCCAAAGAAGAGUCAAGCAGAAAAGGAGAGCAGUGCCGACCGUGGGAGAGAGACAGCCGGCCACAGGGAUCAGACUCCUACCCCGAAGAACCCCAUCCUGAGCAGAGAGCGGGAUCCCGAGAGGCAGAGCCAGAGUAAAGAGAAGAAGAGACGGAGAGACUCGUUGUCUCCUCCGUCCUCGGCGUACGAGCGAGGAACGAAGAGACCGGAGGACAGGUAUGACACGCCAGCGUCUUCGAAGAAGAAAGUCCGUCUUAAGGAUCGCAACAAGCUGUCCACGGAGGAGCGCAGGAAGCUGUUCGAGCAGGAGGUUGCCCAGCGGGAGGCCCAGAAACAGCAACAGCAACUGCAAAACCUGGGGAUGACGUCCCCCCUGCCCUACGACUCCAUGGGCUAUGGCACACCCCACCACAGCUUUAUCGGCUACCCGCCCGGCUACCCCAUGCAAGCCUACGUAGACCCCAGCAACCCCAACGCUGGCAAGGUGCUGCUGCCCACGCCCACCAUGGAUUCGAUGUGCUCGCCGGCGGCGUACGAGCACCCGCAGACUUUGGUUGGGCACACGGUGGAACCAACCCUAACUACUCCUCAGCCGGUACCAGUAGUCCAACAUGUAGCAACGACGAUGGAGGUUACAACUCCGCAGUAUGUAGCACAAAGCGACACUGUGGUCCAUCAAGAACCCAAUGUGGCCGUCCUGCCCGUGGCCGCGCCGGGACCGGUGCAGAGCCAGAGCUACGGGGUCUGGGAUUCCAGCCAGCAGACUGUAGCUGUACAACAGCAGUACUCGCCAGCCCAGUCCCAGCCAGCCAUAUAUUACCAAGGACAGACCUGUCAGACCGUUUACGGUGUGACAUCCCCCUACUCGCAGACGACCCCACCGAUUGUACAGAGUUACGCCCAGCCAGGUCUCCAGUACAUCCAGGGCCAGCAGAUUUACACAGCUCAUCCGCAGGGAGUCAUAGUGCAGCCACCGACAGCAGUGACUACGAUCGUCGCAGCCGGGCAGCCUCAACCCAUCCAGCAGCCAGAGCUUGUGGUGACCAAUAACCUCCUGGACUUGCCUCCACCAUCCCCUCCAAAACCCAAGACGAUCGUCCUCCCACCCAACUGGAAAACGGCCCGAGAUCCAGAGGGGAAGAUCUACUACUACCACGUGGUAACAAGGCAAACCCAGUGGGACCCUCCUACCUGGGACAGCCCAGGGGAUGAUGCCAGCCUUGAACACGAAGCUGAAAUGGACCUCGGGACCCCAACGUACGACGAAAACCCCAUGAAG